UUGCAGCGCGCCGGUCUCGCACUUCAACCGAUUCGCUGCGUCCACGGCAGCCUCGCGUCAGCACUUCAACAACAGAAAACUUGUCAGACAUUGCAUGACAGGCGAUUUCAAAGCAUGCAAUCGGACGCGGAUUGUUGUCAUUUUGGAUGAAAUCACGGUCUGCUGAAGAUAACCCCGCCUUGUGACACCUUGCGAACCGACACCGGCUUUCUCUCUCAUCGCACUGUUGUUCGUUCAUUGACGGAUUUCAGGGCUACUGCUGUGUAAUAUGAUGGUGCGUCCGUGUCUUGCGCGCCGGGCUCUGGGCUGAACGCGUGCACGAGCGCGGAACAUGGGUAGAUAGCGCGUUUCUCUUUCUGCGUUUCUCAGUGCAAUCAGCGUCUUUCUAAAUGGAUGAGGAAAUAGACACCCGCAAGAUCAACAACAGCUUCCUUCGGGACCACAACUAUGCAACUGAAGCUGACAUCAUAUCCACAGUUGAGUUCAACUCGACAGGAGAACUCCUGGCCACUGGAGACAAAGGUGGACGAGUGGUGGUCUUCCAGAGGGAACAGGAGAGCAAGAACCAGCCUCACCGUCGGGGGGAGUACAAUGUUUACAGCACCUUUCAGAGCCACGAGCCCGAGUUUGACUACUUGAAAAGCCUGGAGAUUGAGGAGAAGAUCAACAAAAUCCGCUGGCUGCCACAACAGAAUGCCGCUUAUUUUCUCCUGUCCACCAAUGAUAAAACUGUGAAGCUAUGGAAAAUCAGCGAGCGAGACAAACGACCAGAGGGCUACAAUCUGAAGGAUGAAGAAGGCAGGAUACGCGACCCAACCACCAUCACAUCUCUGAGGCUGCGGAUCAACCUAUGGAACCUGGAGAUCACUAACCGAAGCUUUAAUAUUGUGGACAUAAAGCCUGCCAACAUGGAAGAAUUGACCGAGGUGAUCACAGCGGCUGAGUUUCACCCUAACCAGUGCAACACGUUUGUCUACAGUAGCAGUAAGGGCUCCAUAAGAUUGUGUGACAUGAGAACCUCCGCACUUUGUGACAACCAUUCUAAAUUAUUUGAGGAACCAGAAGACCCCAGUAAUCGCUCCUUCUUCUCAGAGAUCAUCUCCUCCAUCUCAGAUGUGAAAUUCAGCCACAGUGGACGCUACUUGAUGACCCGUGACUACCUCACAGUGAAGGUGUGGGACGUCAACAUGGAGAGCAAGCCUUUGGAAACGUAUCAGGUCCAUGACUACCUAAGGAGUAAACUGUGCUCACUGUACGAGAAUGACUGCAUCUUCGACAAGUUUGAAUGUGUCUGGAAUGGAACUGACAGUGUCCUAAUGACAGGCUCCUACAACAAUUUCUUCCGUAUGUUCGAUCGAAACACUAAGCGCGAUGUGACUCUGGAGGCCUCGCGGGAAAACAGCAAACCCAGAGCCAUCCUCAAGCCACGCAAAGUUUGUGUUGGUGGCAAGCGUCGUAAAGAUGAAAUCAGUGUGGACAGUCUGGACUUCAGUAAGAAGAUCCUACACACUGCAUGGCACCCAAACGAGAACAUCAUCGCUGUGGCCGCCACCAACAACCUCUAUAUAUUUCAGGACAAGGUCAACUAGCAUGUAGCUCUGAUGUCUCCAGUUAUCACAUCAACAAGAGGCAUUAUUUCUCUAGAUGUACUGGGGUGGAAAGGUUGGACUCACUAGCAGUGAACUUGAGAGGAACAUCUAGAUGAGCUUUGCCUUCUACAGCAGAUUUGGAUCUAACUAAUUUUGCACUGCAACCACGGACAAUUACACUAGCUGUUGGACUGCUUUUGUUUUUAAUUUCUUCAAAUCUCCCUCACUAUAGGUUUAUUGGUAAUGCACAGCAAUAUUGAGAGGAUCCUUUGACCUUUAAUGUCAUUAAAGGCCUUUUCACACGACUCAUGUCAGGGCUUGAGCACAUCUCUCCAGCACCAUUUGACCUCCAUGAGAACAUGCCAUCAUGGAAGAUUAUUGCUAUGCUGGAAGAAAUUGGGAAAUUUACUGAGUGAAAAUAAAGCAAAGAAAAAUGUAUUUGAGCUUAGAGCAGAAAAAAAGCAGGACGCUGAUUGCUUUGAGAGACAAAAAAAUAGAAUGUGUUUCUUUGAAUUUCAUGAUAUGCCUUUGAAGUUGAGCAAAGGCUUAGCCUCGUCCAUUUUGCUUAGAUUUUUGUGCUGGCAUCUCUCAUGUAACUUCAUGCAAACUUGGUAAUCACUGGAUGCGUUUUGAAAGCUCAAUGAAAAGCCAAGUCAAAUUUGACAUUGAAUGCUAAAAAUAUUUGCUAAAAUAUUUGAAUUUCAUGCUGUUGUUUCAUGCAUUAAAGAGUCAUGUGAAAGGGCCCUAAGAUAAUGAAAUGAAAUGUUUCAAUGGAGUCAGUAUUCAGCCUAGAUCUGAUUCUUGCUUCUUGGCAGGACAAAGGAUGUGGAUGGCUUGGAUAACUACAAAUGUUGUUGUGGCUGCUGUGGCCGUGAGGUAUCCAACUUUUCAGCUUCUGAAUUCUCAUUUCCCAUUUUACUUCAUGAAGGUGCAUGCAUCAUUUCAAAACCCAGCUUAUGGGUUGAUUGAUGCAACAAACAGGAAUGGUGUAAAAUUGAAGUAAACAAUGUAGCAAAUGUACUAAUGUUCUGCUUUUUUGUUCUAAUUUUAUAAAGGAAAGUGUGUGUGUGUGGGGGGGGGGGGGGGGGGAUGGUUA